AUGGACAGGCAGCAUCCUGAAAGGCCACACAGCCGCGCCUCGGCGGGCAGGACGUCGCCGGCCCUGUCCUACAACCCCAGAAUCUCCUCCCAUGUCUCCACAUCCAUGAAUGACACAUCUUACACAAAGGGACCUCAGGACUCUGACCGCAGGGACAGAGAGUUGCACCCCACCACCAUCCUGAUCCACAAGUCGCAGAGCAGCCAGGCCGUACUGGUACCCCAGGAGCACAAGAUGUUCAUGGAGGAAGCCUACAACUCAGCCAUCUGCUUCAAGAUGCUCCGGGACAUGAGUGGGUCCGAUCCCUUCCACCUGAAGUACGUCUUCAAGAAGAUCAAGAACAUGGCUCACAUGUCCCCCAACCUGGUGUUGGAGACCAUCCAUGACUACUUCAUAGAAAACCCGGAGAUCUCCACCUGGCACAAGUUCCGGCUGUUUCAGGCCCUGGAAAUCGUCAUUAGAUCCAGUGACUUUCUGGACGAGAACUGGGAGAAAAUCUUCAUGAGGCUGGCCUUGGAGAACAUGACCAAGUCCACGGAGCUGGAAGACGCAUUCCAGGACGCGGCUGGCAACGUGCUGGUGGGCAUCUGCAAGCACUCGUGGCGGGCCGUGGCCCAGCAUCUGGAGGCAGAGCUGCUGACGGGCAUCUUCCCGCACCGCAGCCUGCUCUACGUGAUGGGCGUCCUGUCCUCUGACAAGGAGCUGUUCAACAAGGAAGACAAGGAGAGCUGGGAGGAGCUGCUGACCCAGAUAGCUGUCAAGUCAGUCCCGUUCCUGAACACAGAUAUGUGGUCCAAGGAGCUGCUCUGGGCACUCACCAAACCCAGCCGGACCCAACAGGAGCUGCCCCCAGAAAAGGCCUUCCUGUUCACCUACUAUGGACUGAUCCUUCAAGCUGAAGGGAACAGUGCCACGGUCAAGACACACCUGCGAGCCCUCCUGGAAACGUCCCACCAGUGGCCCAAGCAGAGGGAGGGCAUUGCUCUCACCAUGGGGCUGGCUGCAGUCCAACACCUGGAUGAUGUCUGGGUCAUCCUGGAGCAGUUUGGCCGGAGCGCACCCAUCAAGUGGAGCCUCCACAGCUUCUCCCAGAAGAACUUGGAGGACCUCCGGUGGAAAUGGGCCAGCAGCACCAUCCUCCUCGCGUACGGCCAGGUGGCGGCCAGGGCCAGGGCCCACAUCCUCCCUCGGGUGGACAACGUCUUGUCGCGGAUGAUCUUCUACUUCCAGUACAGCUCCUGGGACGAGACCCUGAAGCAGAGCUUCCUCACUGCCAUCCUGAUGCUCACGGCGGCCAUCAGCCGGGGCAAGGGCGCCCGCAGCUACGAGUUCUCCCAGGUCCCCGAGCUGCUGCAGUGUCUGAUGGUUCUGAUGGAGAAGGAGCCCCAGGACACUCUGUGCACGCAGAGUCGCCAGCAGACCCUGCACAUCAUCUGCAGCCUCUGUCAGCUGAGGCCACCCCUGGACUUGGAAAAGAAAUCGCAGCUGCUCUCCACCUGCUUCCGCAGCGUGUUUGCUCUGCCACCACUCGACGCCCUGGAGAAACACUCCUGCCUCUAUCUGGAGCCACCCAACAUCGAGGUGCGGCCCGAGGCAUGUAUGGCUCGCAGGGUACAGUCUCUGCACCUAGCCUCUGAGUGCCUGUUGCAAAGGGCAGGGCAGCUGGUGUUAACUGAGCACCUACUAUGUGCCAGCCCCUUCCCAGUAGUGACCCAAGGGGCCCUGAGGGACUGCCCUGGUCACCCGCCCUUGAAGCCAGCCCCGCUGGGCAUGAACUCGCCUGGGCCACUCUGCAAUCUGUGCCCCUCAGUGGUCCUGCACACCUCCCUGCCCAGUGUCCACGUCUGCUCCCUGUUCAACAAGACCGCGGAGGAGCUGGACCACAUGCUGCAGAGCUUCAUCACACUGAACCCCACGCACAAGGAGCUGCACUUCCUGCUGUCGCACAUGUACAUCUGGCUGGCAUCGGAGAAGGCACACGAGCGACAGCGGGCUGUAAGCAGCUGCACCAGCCUCCUCAAAUUCCUGAGGCACAACCUCCACCUGGACCCAAACGGGAACUUCAAGCGGAUCGGGCAGCUGGUGGGCAUGCUGGGGAUCCUCUGCCAGGACCCAGACGGGGCCACCCAGCGCACCAGCCUGGAAGGGAUGGGCCAUCUCCACAAGCUCCUGAUGUGCCACAAAGCAGGAGAAGCCCCACAGGUAGAAUCGCAGAACCCCAAGAAGCUCUCUCAACCCAGUGAGGAUGAAACCCCCCUCUGGGGCAGUGGAGACCAGAGGGCCACUCCUCCACCCUCCCAGGAGACGGCGUUCCCAAAGGAGCAAGACCGCAUCUUCCAGCUAGGCAGCUCCCAAGUCAUCAAGGAGAUCACACAGCAUCUCACGCUGGUGGAGCUGAAUGAUCUCCUCUGGAUGACCAUCAACAGCCUGGGCUCCAGCAGCCCCUUCCGCGUGCAGGCAGCUGCCGAGAUGCUACAUGCUGUGGUCCAGGAGCAUGGGGCCAAGCUGCAGACCGUGGCCAACAUGGGCCGGGCCAUCCACCUCCACCUUUGCUCUAUGCGCAUCCCCCAAGCCAAGGAAAACACCCUGCGCGCCAUCACCCUGCUGGCCCGGAGCCACACCCCCGAGCUGGUGGCGACCUUCCUGGACUUCUCUAUCCCCCUGGACAGCAACGCCUUCCAGCUGUGGAAGGCCCUGGGGACCGAGCAGCCGGUGAGCCAACUGGUGCUGACCAUGCUGCUGACCUGGCUGCACAAUCGGCCCCUGCCUACCGGUGCCAGCGACAGUGGCCCCAAGGAGAAGCCCUACCUGCGCUCGCUGGCCGCCAUGAACACGCUGCACGAGCUGCAGUUCGCCCGAGAGUUCAAGAAGGCCGUGCAGGAGGCCUACCCCGAGCUCUUCCUGGCCCUCCUCACCCAGAUGCACUACAUCUUGGAGCUGAACCUGCCCGAGGAGCCUCAGCCCAGGCAGCAGGCCCAGGGGGCGGCCACACCCAGCCCCCAGAGCUGCAGCACAUCGCUGGAGGCACUGAAGAGCCUGCUGUCCACCACGGGACACUGGCACGAUUUCGCCCAUCUGGAGCUACAGGGCGCCUGGGAGCUCUUCGCCACCAUCCACACCUACCCGAAGGGCGUGGGCCUCCUCGCCAGGGCCAUGGUGCAAAACCACUGCAGGCAGAUCAAGGCAGUUCUCAGCCAGCUGCUGUCCAGCUUGCAGAAGAGCCUACAGGAGCGGGAAAGGAAGGCAGCCAUGCUCAUCCUCACUGAGUUCCUCUACAGCCCUGCCCUGCUGGAGGUCCUCCCCAAACAGGCUGCCCGGACUGUGCUGGGGCGAGGCCUCAGGGACCCCAGCCCCGAAGUCCGCAUGUUGAGCCUGCAGGGCCUGGGGAACAUCCUCUUCCAACCAGACAAGGGAAACCUGCUCCGCAGGCAGCUGCCGUUCUUCUUAGAAGGAUUCUUCCAGAACAGUGAGACCGUGGUCGUGCGCAUUAUGGACACCGUGUCAGACGUGCUGCACCACCUUGGCUCACAAGGCGCAGGUCCCCAGAGCCUCAGCGUCGCCAUCAACGCCUGCUCAUUCUUCAAUGACGAGCGGGACAAGAUUCGGGCGGCAGCCAUGGCACUGUUUGGAGACCUGGUGGCAGCGAUGGCAGACGGGGAGCUGAGCAGCCUGCGCACCCAGGUGCACCAGAGCAUGGUGCCCUUGCUCCUGCACCUGAAGGACGAAUGCCCAGCUGUCGCCAUGCAGGCCAAGUUCGCCUUCUACCGCUGUGCCGUGCUGCUGCGCUGGAGGCUACGGCACACCCUCUUCUGCACACUGGCCUGGGAGAGGGGCCUCAGCGCCCGCCACUUCCUCUGGACCUGCCUGAUGACCCACAGCCAGGAGGAGUUCAGCAUCCACUUGUCACAGGCCAUCAGCUACCUGCACAGCCACCACUGCCACAUCAAGAUGUGGGCUGCACUCUUCAUAGGUUAUACCAUCUGUCACCACCCCCAGGCUGUGUCCCAGAUGGUGAACAACAUUGACUCCAACCUGCUGCUCCGCACUUUUGAAGAUCUCAAGAAAGACCCAGAGCCUGGCAUCCGGGAAUUCGCCACCAGGCAGCUCUCCAUCCUUCCAGAGGUGUUGGCCAGACCCCAGCAGUGA